CUGUUCAGGAAUUUCAGUUUCCAAAAUGAAUAAUUUUCUUACUUUUCUGUACAGUUUGUGGAGUAUUCCAAGAUGAUAUACUUGGACGGGGAUAUCCAAGUGUUCGAAAACAUAGACCACUUGUUCGACAUGGAAGAUGGUUACUUUUAUGCUGUGAUGGAUUGCUUCUGUGAGAAAACAUGGAGCCACACCCCACAGUACAAGAUUGGCUACUGCCAACAGUGCCCUGAUAAGGUCCAAUGGCCUUCUCAGCUGGGACCUAAGCCUCCUCUUUACUUCAACGCAGGCAUGUUUGUGUAUGAGCCCAGCCUUUCCGUAUAUGAAGACCUGUUGAACACCCUCGAAGUUACUGCUCCUACCCCAUUUGCGGAGCAGGAUUAUCUGAACGUGUUCUUCAGGGACAUCUACAGGCCCAUUCCUCCAAUAUACAACCUGGUGAUGGCCAUGCUAUGGCGCCACCCUGAGAACAUAGAGCUCGAAAAGGCCAAGGUUGUUCACUACUGUGCUGCUGGCUCCAAACCCUGGAGGUAUACGGACAAAGAAGAGAACAUGGACAGGGAAGACAUUAAGAUGCUGGUGGGGAAAUGGUGGGAUAUUUACCAUGAUGAGUGGCUUGACUUCAAAAAUGCUGUGGCCACUGGCGAAGCAGAAGCUGAUGAGGAUCAACUGCAACAAUUUUUCGUAGUAUUUCCGGAGGCCGGAAUUGUUCAGCAUUUAAAAGCCCCAUCCGCUGCUUAG